AUGCUUUGCACAUCGAUACCUAGACCGGAUGAUUACUUUGCUGAGAUGGCCAAAUCUGACGAGCACAUGCAAAAAGUGCGAAAAAAUCUGAUGAAGAAGCGGGUAAUGACGCAAAGAUCGGAAAAGUUAAGACAAAUGAAACAACAGAAGAAGGUUGCGAAGCAAAUGCAAGGCGAGACAAUUCUAAAGAAAGAUGUAGAGAAAAGAAAAUCGACGGAAGAGCUAAAAACCACACACGUAAAUCGCAAGAUAAAUCCAAAGGCGCAGUUCAAGAUGCAAAUAAAGGCUGCCAAAUUUGGUUGUGGAGGAGAUAAAAAGUGUUGCAAUCAGAGUAACCGAAAGAAAGCAGAAGAGGGAAAGGAAGACAAAGGCAAGAUUCGUGAAGCGCAAAUGAAAGCAAAGAGGAAGUCGUGA